GUGAGGCAUCCCUGAUGUAAGAAUAAAGCAAACGACAACAACGGUGACGGUUGAAGCCGCCGGAAAUUUAGCGUCAUCGAUAACACCGAACAAAACUAGAAAAAGAGAGAAAAAAAAGAGUGUCUCACAUCAAAAGGGAAAAAAUCAACCCAUCGUCAUGCCCCUCCGAAGGCACCACAGCUUGCCAAGGGCCCGCUAAGCAUUACGGAUACUUGGCUGUGUCCACCUCCACGACAACAUAACUCCGGGAAGGUGGAGCCCGUGGCCUGGCGGAAACUGUGACGACCAGUCCCCCGAAAAUCUAAAAUCCUGCGAAAACUCGAUGGGCAAACAACCCAGGAUGAUCCCACGUGGCAGCUAUGUUCAGAUGAGUUGUGCCACGUGUACCAGCCAGCGCGAGUGAAGAGUGAGUGCCACCGGGGAGCAAUAGAGGCAGCAGAAAGAACAUUCCAAGUUGGGAAAAAAUCUCGAAAAAGCACAACAUAGGGUAUCCCAUUAGGAGAGGGAGCUUUUUUCUAAAAAAAAAUAAGUGAACAGCAUAGAAAGGAUCUCAAGGGUGUGCGUGCAAGUCAGCAGACAAAUCAUCCGCCAUGCCAACGACAACGGUGAAAAACGAAGCCAACGAACAGCACAGCGAUAAUGAGGAGGAGGAACCAAAGGACAUGAAGAACGCCCACCUCAUCAUCAACGAGCUGCGAACGCGCUGCCGGAACCAGUCGGAGCAGAUAAUGUCCUGGAAGAAGGCUUACGCACUGCAGCAAGAGCAAAACCACCGACUGCAGAAGGAAAAGGCGGAGCAGCUGAACUACCUGACGAGCCAGCUGCUACUGCUGGAGUCCCGGAUCAUGCGCAAGCAGAAGCAGGUGUCGAACGUGCUGUACCAGCGCGAGUUGACCAUCUACCGGCAGCAGAAGAUCAUCGAGACGCUGUCGAGUCGGCUGAUCGACCACGGGAUCAUCGACGUGGUGAUGGAUCCGUCGAUGGGGCUGAGCAGCAACAACAACAGCAACGAUUUCGACUCGUUGAACGAUUCGGAUUCGGCGGUUGUGCUGGAGGACGUGGACUCGGACUGUAACAGUUCGAUUUAUUUUGGUGGUGGUGGGGGUAGUUUGAAGUCUCGCUGUGGGAACAAGAUGAACAACGAUGUGACGAUCGUGAGGUCGAUCUCGGACGCGAUCGAGACGAGUAACAUGAAGUAUAACAAUACGAGGCGGUCGAACUGCUUCUUGAGGAGGCCGGAAGUGCUGGAGACGGUUUACAGCGUGGAGGAGGAUCCGGAACCGCAGGGUUCCGGACAGGCGGACGCGGUAACGGAGAAGCGGGACAAGUUUAAGAACCGGACGGAGAAGUGCAUCUCGUCGGACAACUCGGACGAUGCCAAGGAUAGCCAAAGUACAACAACCACCACGACGAAGAUCAUGAGUACAACGAUGACGACGGUGAUCAUCACGAACACGAGUUGCGACGACUCGGGUGGGGACUGCGAGACUCCUCCCGGAGGUGGUGGGAGUGGCGGCGGCACCAGCAAUGGGUGCAGCAAGGCCGGUGCCGUGACGAACUUCAACCGGGUCAUGUCGAAUCACCGCUCGGUAACGAAGCCCAAGGACGUCAAAUACAAGCGCAUCAACAAGGCCAAAUCCAAGAGUCUGGAAGAGCUGCGCGGCCGGCUGAGGCACUGGGUCGAGCGGGGAAGCUGCAAUAUGAACCUGAACCUGGACGGGACGGCGAUGAACCACAUGGAGCUGCAGCUGCAGCAGCCCUCGCCCCAGAACCUGGCCCAAAGCUACGCGUGACCUCAGCCAAAGCCCCACGUCCGGGGCAGCAUUUAAUGGUUAUUUAUUGUAGCGGGAUGGAACGCGAUCGCGCGGCUCCACCACUGUGGAAUGUGAUUUGAACUUUGACAGACAGCUUCCACCCAAAUGAAAUUAUAUUAACCGAAAGUUGGUGUCACAUCCUAAACGUAUAAACAUAUUUGCUUGAAUUGUAAAAAAAAACAAAGUGAUGUUUUAAACUUAUUUAUUCCUAACCUAAUUGUAACACAGAGAAAACACACAAAAAGUGAAAUCGCACCGGAAUUUAUCCAAGAAGGAACAAUCAACUUUUCUACUGUAGUGAGAAAGAGAGAGAGAAACAUCAUCAGAGAUUCUGACUGAGUCAGGUUACCUACAAAAUAAAUAAAAAAAGUUUAGAUAUGAAAAACACAAUCAGAAUAGAUUGGUCAACAAAAAGAUGCAACCAAACAAGUAGCUUUUGUACA